AUGCCACGCGCCAUCCCUUCCACCCCGGAACGUGGGGACCCCAAUUCCUGGCCACUGCCCCUGCACCAUCACCGCGAGCCCUUGGCGGCGUCCAGCCUGGAGCGUGUGCUCCCGGGGCCCGCGCUGGACCUUACUGUCUGGGGAGCACCUAGCAGGUGCCGGCCGCGGCCCGCGGGCAGCAGCCCCCCUCGCUCCGGGGUGGUGACCAAGGCUCCGGGGAGGCGGGGUCCAGAGCGGGCGGCGCCGGCGACCGCGGGGCUCCCCGCCUUCUCACCCCUGCCCCCGAGGGCACAGCCCCCGGCCCAGCCUCCACCCCCGGGACUGCGCGUCCGGGCGGCGGGGGUGGAUGGGGCGCGGGCGAGGGAGGGCGGCGCGGAGGGGGCGCCGCGGGGCGUGGCCGCGCGCAGGGGGAGGGCGCGGGGAGGAGCGGCCGCGGCUCGGCGCCCGCGGCUCGGGGCGCCCGGCUUGGCGACGCGCGGUGCACUCGGGCGGGAGCUGGAGCGCGGCACGGAGCUCGGCUCCCGGCGCAGCCGCCGCGAUGAGAGGCGCUCGCAGCGCCCGGGAGCUUCUCGGCGUCCUGCUCGUCCUGCUCCGCGUCCAGACAGGUGGGACUGCGCCCGGGGCGUCCGCGGAGAGCCCUCCGCCUCCGAGCCCGAAGUGCGGCGGGGAUGGUGGCGGGUCUUCCGAGAGCCUGGGCAGCCGCGGCGCUCAGGCUCGCGGGAGGCUGCGGGCGAGUUUGCGGUGGCUUUUGUGCCGGCGCUCGGCUCCCGGCUCGCCCCGGGGAGCGCGCUGUGUCUCCCGGCCAGGCGCGGCGACCACUUGGAGCGCCACUUCCCCGCGCUCGCCUUCCAGUCGCCGGCGCUCUUUGUGCCCGGGACCGGGCGCACAGGAGACCCGCUGCCGCCUUUGCUGCCUCGCGCGCGGCGCCGCCCGUGGAGGCGAGCGGGGAGGGACGCGGCGGCGCUUCUCGCCUCCGGCCCGCGGGCUCGCGGCUCUCGGGGCGGGGACCCCGGGAGCUUUGGAGGUGGCAGCGGCGGUGGCAGCAGCCACCGGAGCAACUUGGGCAAGGGCGUGUGGAGAGCCGCCGCUAGGUUGCACACUUUUGGCUUUUGUGAUUCAGGAGGCUCGCCCGUUUCUUGGCUGCCACGCGCCCCGGAGCGGCCGGAGGGUGCACGGACUCCCGCCAAGCCCGGCCGACCCCGGCCGCCUCGAGGCGCCCCGAAACCCCCCUGGGCGGCGGGUGUGACCCGCACGUCGCAGCCAUCUGCGAGUCCGGGGCGACUGGCUCCCCCCGCCAUCCAGCCUGCGGAAGCCGAGCUCGUCCUGGACGCCGGCGAGCAGCUCUCGCUCACGUGUGCCGAUCUCGGCUUCGUCAAGUGGACUUUUGAGAGUCUGGGCCAGCAAAGUGAACACAGGAACUCGCACUGGGUCCGGGAGAAAGCAGAGGCCGCCCACACAGGGCAGUACACCUGCACCAACGCAGACGGCCUGAGCAGUUCCAUUUAUGUGUUUGUCAGAGAUCCCAAGCAGCUCUUUCUCGUCGGCCUCCCCCUGUACGGCAGAGAAGACUCGGACACACUGGUCCGCUGUCCCCUGACGGACCCGCUCGUGAACAACUACUCCCUCAAGGAGUGUGACGGGAAGCCCCUCCCCAGGGAUCUGACCUUCGCCACGGACCCCAAGGCCGGCGUCACCAUCAGGAACGUGAAGCGUGCCUACCACCGGCUGUGUGUGCGCUGCACUGCAGUGCGGGAGGGCGUGACCGUGCAGUCUGACAAGUUCAUCCUCAAAGUGAGAGCAGCCAUCAAAGCCAUACCUGUGGUGUCCGUGUCCAAAACGAGCUAUCUGCUUCGAGAAGGGGAGGAGUUCACCGUGACCUGCACCAUCAAGGACGUGUCCACGUCCGUGGGAUCCACGUGGGUGAAGGAGAACGGCCAGCAGAUGAAGGGCCAGGUAAAACGCAGCAGCUGGCACCAGGGCGACUUCCAGUACGAGCGCCAGGAGACGCUGACCAUCAGCCCAGCGAGAGCCAGUGACUCCGGGGUGUUCACGUGUUAUGCCAAUAACACUUUCGGGUCCGCCAGCGUCACUACCACCUUGAAAGUCGUGGACAAAGGAUUCAUCCACGUCUUGCCCGGGAUGAACACGACGAUAUUUGUCAACGACGGGGAGAACGUGGACUUGGUCGUGGAGUACGAGGCGUUCCCUGGCCCCAAGCACCAGCAGUGGGUGUACAUGAACCGCACCUCCACGAACAAGUGGGAAGAUUACCCCGAGUCUGAGAAUGAGAGCAACAUCAGGUAUGUGAGCAAGCUUCACCUGACGCGGUUGAAAGGGAGCGAAGGAGGCACUUACACCUUUCUCGUGUCCAACUCUGACGUCAGCGCCUCCGUGGCCUUCCAUGUCUACGUGAACACAAAACCCAAAAUCCUGACUUCCAGCAGGCUGGUGAACGGCGUGCUGCGGUGCGUGGCGGCGGGCUUCCCAGAGCCCACCAUCGAGUGGUACUUCUGCCUGGGCGCCGAGCAGAGGUGCUCUGCGCCCAUGGGGCCGGUAGAUGUACAGGUCCAGAACACGACGGGGCCGCCGCCCCUGGGGAAGUCGGUGGUCCAGAGCUCUGUGGAUUCGAGUGCCUUCAAGCACAACGGCACAGUCGAGUGUAGGGCUUACAACGACGUGGGCGAGAGCUCGGCUUAUUUUAACUUUGCGCUUAAAGAGCAGAUCCAGGAGCACACCCUGUUCACGCCCCUGCUGGUGGGCUUCGUGGUCACGGCCGUCGUCAUGUGCAUCAUCGUCAUGGUCCUUGCCUAUAAGUACCUGCAGAAGCCCAAGUACGAGGUGCAGUGGAAGGUGGUGGAGGAGAUCAAUGGCAACAACUACGUGUACAUUGACCCCACGCAGCUCCCCUACGACCACAAAUGGGAGUUCCCCAGGAGCAGGCUGAGCUUCGGGAAGACCCUGGGGGCGGGCGCCUUCGGGAAGGUGGUAGAGGCCACUGCCUAUGGCCUGAUUAAGUCGGACGCCGCCAUGACUGUCGCCGUGAAGAUGCUUAAACCGAGCGCCCAUCUGACCGAGCGGGAAGCCCUCAUGUCCGAGCUCAAGGUCCUGAGUUACCUGGGCAACCACGUGAACAUCGUGAACCUGCUGGGCGCCUGCACCGUGGGAGGGCCCACCCUGGUCAUUACGGAAUACUGUUGCUAUGGUGAUCUUCUGAAUUUUUUGCGGAGAAAGCGUGAUUCGUUUAUCUGCUCGAAGCAGGAAGAUCCUGCGGAAGCUGCCCUGUAUAAGAACCUCCUGAAUUCGAAGGAGUCCUCCUGCAGUGACAGCACCAACGAGUACAUGGACAUGAAACCCGGCGUCUCCUACGUCAUCCCCACCACAGCAGACAAAAGGAGAAGCACUAGAAUUGGCUCCUACAUAGAGCGGGACGUGAGUCCCGCUGUCAUGGACGACGACGAGCUGGCCCUGGACCUGGAGGAUUUGCUGAGCUUCUCGUACCAGGUGGCCAGGGGCAUGGCUUUCCUGGCCUCCAAGAACUGCAUCCACAGAGACUUGGCAGCCAGGAACAUCCUCCUGACCCACGGUCGGAUCACCAAGAUCUGUGAUUUCGGUCUAGCCAGAGACAUCAAGAAUGAUUCCAAUUAUGUGGUGAAAGGAAACGCCCGGCUGCCCGUGAAGUGGAUGGCCCCAGAAAGCAUCUUCAACUGCGUGUACACAUUUGAAAGCGACGUGUGGUCCUACGGCAUCUUCCUGUGGGAGCUGUUCUCCUUAGGCAGCAGCCCCUACCCGGGAAUGCCUGUGGACUCCAAGUUCUACAAGAUGAUUAAAGAAGGCUUCCGUAUGCUGAGCCCCGAACACGCCCCUGCUGAGAUGUAUGACAUCAUGAAGACCUGCUGGGACGCCGACCCCCUGAAGCGGCCGACCUUCAAGCAGAUCGUCCAGCUCAUGGAGACGCAGAUUUCCGACAGUACCCAUCAUGUGUACUCCAACAUAGCCAACUGCAGCCCCAAGCCAGCGCACGCCGCACUGGAGCAUGCUGUGCGUGUCAACUCUGUGGGGAGCAGCGCGUCCUCCACGCAGCCCCUGCUGGUGCACGAAGAUGCUUGAGCGGCCUCGAAGGACUGUGCCCCCAUGCCCGUCCCUGAACCCUGUCUCCAGGAGCACACUUUAGUGGCCGAUGAGGUCACUCUGCCACAUCCCCCCGCCCCGGCCUCCAUCCCCUUGCAUAGGUUCGAGCUGUACAUAUUAUAUUAUUCCCGGGCGCAGAAGGAGCCCAGCACCGUGGCACUGGCUCAGUGCCCCAGCAGUCCUUUUCCAAGACUUCCCCAGUUCUGUUUGAGUUAGUGGAGUAGGUCCCAGUGGUCACUUUCCUGCAGCCCUUCUGCAGCCUGUGCACCUGGGAGAGCUUCCGAUUCUAGAAGCAGCCUUCGCGUGCAAGGCCACCUGUGGAUUUGGGUUCUGUUCUGUUGUGUCUUUCCAUGUAGGAAUGGAUCAAGAACCUCGUGCGUUUCAAGGAAACAGUUCAUAGCUUUUGCUUUAAGAGAGAAAAAAUGUACCCUGCAAGCAUAGUUACUAAGAAGUCUCCCCCGUUUCUGCCAGUGAGCUGUUCGCUUUGUCCAGAGCGAGCCCACGGCUGCUGCUGGCUAGAUUUGAUGUUGCUGGCAGAAGCCGUUGGCCAUGGCCUCCCACCGCUGUGAGCAAGCAGUGCCACCUCCGUGUGGCCUUCGGACAGGGCAGGAAGCACAAGUCAGGCAUGGUUCCUUGGCAGGAAGGUCCUGGACGUCAGGCCAGUAUUUGUAUAUAUGUGUGUGCGUGUGCAUGGGGCCGUGUGCGUGGGCUUGCCCUGAGUCACGUGGGGGGUUGGUCCCGCUGCUGCCGCUCUUGGUGGGCCCAUGGGAGCAGCUCGCCCAGCUCCUGGGGGAGGCACACUCCACAGGCCAUCCCCACCCCCACCCUACUGCCAGAGCCCCCCGAAACGGAUUCCAGAGGCCCCUGGAGGCCUCAGUUGUAUUCUCACGGUUUCCUGCUUGGUUCUUCCCCCUGCCCAGCCUUAGUGCCAGGUGUCUACACAGCAAGCUUUAGUUUAGGGAUGUUGCUGUCACAGUUCCCCUCCCCCACCCCCAUCCCUCAGCCUCCCAUCCGGAGAACUGUGGCUGCUGAUCUCGAGGUCCCACUGCCGUCGCCGCCAUCCAAGGCCAGCCGGUUCUGGGGGCGUGCUGUCCCAUGGGAGGUGACUGCUGUCUGCGUCCCCGGUGGCCAUGGUGAGCAAGGCAGGCCGCUGACACUGUAGCUGUCCAGGUACUCUAGGGACACCUCGCUGAGAGUUUUGUCUUGAAAGUUUAUAUUUUUAUAAUUUUUUUUUUACAUCAGAUGUUUCUUUGCAGUGGCUUUAAUGUUGGAAAUUAUUUUAUGGCUUUUUUCUGUAAAUAUUGAAAUGUAGCAAUAAUGUCUUUUGAAUAUUCCCAAGCCCAGGAGUCCUUGAAAAUAUUUUUUAUAUCUACAGUAACUUUAUGUGUAAAUACGUCGGCGGUGCGAGCUGAACAGAUAUCCGUGUGUUCUUUUUCUCCUGAUGUCUUGUCCAAUUGUUGACAGUUCUGAAGAAUUCUAAUAAAAAUGUAAAUAUAUGCAA